UAUUUGAUGUGUUUAUUUGAUGUAUUUAUUGUUUAUUUGAUGUGUUGCCUUUCAGGAUGCACUUUCUUUUUCUAUUAACAGCUCCUCCAUGCACACCUGUAGAACACAUCCACCCCAACUCACACUGAGGGGUCUCACGAUGUGGUUUUUACCAACCAGGAACGUAAGGCAGGCUGAGCAUUGCAGACUUUUUGGGUAACUUUGCGUAAGCAGCUGCUGGCUGAGCUUCCUUGCAGCAGUGUGUAUCUUACCUUUAAGGCCAGCAUUUAAGAUGAUUGAGAGUAACUUAACGCUUUCUAACUUUAGCACUAAAACCUCAGCACUGGGGUGAAGUCUGUCGCUGUAUGCGGGCACAUCCAGGUUGCAAGCAGACGAACGUGGUUUUUGUUUCGUUCCAACGUACGAUCUUGGUUUCUACAAACUUCACACACACAGCGCUGCGGCUCCGUGCUUCUGUGACUGUAACCAGUAAUUCCUGCCGGUCGGUAUCUGAAGAGGCAGGCAGAAAUGGGCAGGCUGCAGCGGGCUGUGCUGUGAGCCGUCCCUGGCGGUGCCGCCACAGCUGCUGGCAGCCAACGCCGAGCGGAGCCGAGGGAAAAACCGCCCCGUGUCUCAGAGCGUCCCGGCGGGCGGCCGUGGCGCCGAAGGGCGGGAGGCGGCAGUAGGCAGGAAGAGCGGGGCGGCGAGAAGCGGUCAGGCGCCGCGGGCAGCUUAGCGAGCCGGAGGGAGGAAGGGCCCGCAGCAGGAAGGACCCGCGGAGGGACGCUCCGCCUCUGUCAGCGCCGUGCUGCUGGGAGCCGGGGGCCGCGAUGCCGCUGUACGAGGGCCUGGGAAGCGGCGGGGAGAAGACCGCCGUGGUGCUCGACCUGGGCGAGGCCUUCACCAAGUGUGGUUUUGCAGGUGAAACUGGACCAAGAUGCAUUAUUCCUAGUGAAAUAAAGAAACCUGAUGUCUCUAAGCCUGUCAAAGUCGUUCAAUAUAAUAUCAACACAGAGGAGCUGUAUUCAUAUCUAAAGGAAUUUAUUCAUAUGUUAUAUUUCAGAUCUGUAAUGGGCUCUGUUCCAGAAGACAUAGUAGAGGAUAUAAAAGUUCGCACUUGUUUUGUGAGUGAUCUCCAACGUGGACUGAAAAUCCAAGCAGCCAAGUUCAACAUUGAUGGCAGUGCUGAGCGUCCUUCACCGCCUCCAGAUGUGGACUAUCCUUUAGAUGGUGAAAAGAUUCUCACUAAAACCUUCAAAGUUCACACUCCACCUGCCAAACCCAACUACGUGGCGUGGCUGGGAGGAGCCAUUUUUGGAGCACUUCAGGACAUUCUUGGGAGCCGGUCUGUGUCCAGAGAAUAUUACAGCCAGACGGGGCGCAUACCUGACUGGUGCUGUCUGAGUAAUCCUCCACUGGAGAUGAUGUUUGAUGUUGGAAAAGCACCCCCACCACUGAUGAAGAGGGCUUUUUCUACUGAGAAAUAAGCACCUAAAUGCUACACGAGGAUUCUCCUCCUCUGUUUCAAGUACAUAUACAUACAUAUAUAUACAUAAGUAGGAUUUUUAUAUGGAGUAAUCUGUGUGUAAUGCCAUUAAAUAAAACCAGUGUGGAUGUUCUGGGGGAGUACAGUGAUAGUUAACAACACUAUGUGGAAUUGUGUUCAUGUGCAGUUUAAAGAUGGAUUCUGUUAACUCCAGAGCUACUCUGUCACCAGUGAAGAAAUGGUAUGUAAUUGCAAGUUGUAGCUUAGUGAGGUCUGUUAUUUAUUGGUGCAGUAAAUGACAUUGUGAUGGUGCUUGAUUUUAAGAUACUUUAAUGUAAAGUAGUCUGAGAAGACUGCAGGACUGUCUGCUUUGGGAAACAUCUGGAAGCUUUCCUGCCAAACUGAAGAGCGGGAUGCUUUACGUGGGAUCAUGUGUUGGAACUGCUAGGAAAUGGCUUGGGUUCCUUAGCAAAGUUGCUGGGACAGUAUUUCUCCUGAGGAGUGAGCUCUGUUUUCAGUGCUUCAGCAAAGAACUGUGCUGUGUGUAAUUCCCCUGCAGUGCUGAGCUGACACUCUCCCAGCGUCUCACCCCCAGGAAUGAAUUCAACUGUUUAAGAAUCAUGAACAGGCAUGCAAGGAAAUCUUGGACCUCGCUGAAAUGCUACGUUCAGAAGUCACUUGUUUGCCCUCCUUUCCCUAUCAGAAUUAUUAAACUUCAUUGUCCUGCAGCAGUAUGUAUUAAAUGAAAAUACACUACGAGGUUCACUGCUUAGGAAAAAUGUACACUUUGAUAUUAACACUCCUUGGGAGCUGCUGGGAGCUGGCAGGCUGUUGGCAAUGCUGUGAUUAUGUCUUGAGAGAGCCCUCCUCUUAAAAAAAAAAACAAAACCCAAAUACAUUUCCAUUCUGCUCCUGGUGUGUCUCUUGUUUGGUGGAUUCCUACCUCUGUUCCAUCGUACUGCAUUGAAGAACUUUCUGGUUAUUAACAGAUCUGGUGGAAUUAACACAGGUGGUUUCUUUCUGGUGCUGUUGGCAGGUGUUUUGUGAAAUUGCUGCCUUCUUACUUGAAAUCAGCUGCUUGGCUGCUGCACGGAAAACCAGAGAAUAAUCAGGCAUCCUUGUGAGUAGUUGUUAAUGGCUCAGCUGCAGUUCUGGGGUGCAAUUGGGCUUCAAAGUACUUUUUAGCCCCUGGAGCUGCUCCGUGCCAACUUCCCACUUGUUCCUGUGUGUGAUGCGAUUGCCUUACUAAGAAGGUAUUCAUCACGAGGCCCGGGAUCCGGCCGCGGGGCUGCUAAGGGCGCUCAGAGCCGGGCGGCACACUUGUGUGCACGCGUACCGACAGCCGCUGCCGCUCGCUGGAGUGGUGGAGUCGUCACUGCUCGCAGGUCUGCCGUUGGUUGAACGGUUCGGCUGCCUGCACCAAAAGCAGCGCUUGGAAGUUGUGCAGCCUGAGCUGCCGGCUACUCAGCUCCUGUCUCACACAGGCGCCUUCUCACUACGGGAGCAAAAGAAUCUCCGCCCAACGUGGGGCUCGAACCCACGACCCUGGGAUUAAGAGUCCCAUGCUCUACCGACUGAGCUAGCCGGGCGCUGGUGAGCGGCUUCCCAGCACGUGCUGUUCACCACAUGAUGAGCGCGUGC